CUUUAACCGACUGCUUUUUUUUACUUUUUCGACUUGUUAGUGUCGAGGUUUGUGCUUGAUCACAAUAUGCAUCUGGUAAAGCUCUUGCUUGGGGUGGUGGUGGCGGCCAAAACUGCCGCUGCGAGCUUCGAUGAAUGCAAGAAUCAAGCAACUCGAUGGGACUAUUGGUGGUACGGUAGUGGUCCUCUGUACAGAUGUACCGACGGCAACACGUGCCAUCUAUCCCAUAUUGACUCCAAGACCAUCGGGUGGUCAGUCACAUCCGGCCUGAGUGUGACGUUCAACAUAGCCAAGGCGGCAGCCGUUGCUUUCCAGAACAGCUACACCUUCACAGAAAGCACCACGACCAGCGACACAUACUCUGUGGAUUACUCGCCGCCAAAGACGGAGCGGCUGUGGAUAAAGCAGUGGUUUGCCGUCACCGACAUGGAUUGCCAGCAGUGUGACUGGGUCUGCAGCCCUAUCGGCUCCGUUUCCGCCAACGACACCAUCGAUGGCUCACUAGAACAGCGUGGCCAGCACUGCGAGAAGGCAUGCGACCCGUACCAGCACACGGUAACCUGGGUGCCGUGCAAAGAUUCGAAUUGCAUCGAGUACCAGUUCAGCGAUGCAUACGGACAAUGCGACCACUCGAAUCAUUGCCAACAGAACUAGGUACACUACGGACACGAUGGUGGCGUCUGGUGUUUUUGUCAACCACCCCCCUUGCUGGCACGGGCCGGAUGCAACACACUUUAAUCACUGUGCUUUUACUCCGUACUGACACAUCUUUUUGACAGUGCGCCUUGGUGGCAUCGACUGUCAAACCGCUGACUCCAUUAGCCAGCACGGAGACUCGUCUACGAAAAACCACUGCACUCAGCCUAGACGUGUCGCCGGCUCACACAUGACGCCUCUGUUGUUCGAAUUGGGAGGACCUAACCAGUCCAUGGUAGCUGGCACGAAGAGACGGGCGUUGAAGGGAUAAAUAGUACGGUAGUAGAAACUUUUUAAUCAUCAACGUAAAGUGUCGCAGCAAUGCAAGUUUGUCGUC